AUGAGCAGCAGCAAUACAGACAAUCAAUAUCCAAAAUAUAUCAACGAUACAACACCACCAACAAUAACAUUAAAAGAAUAUGAUAACGCAUCGUGGGCUUCAACUACUUGUUUAGAUCAUAAUCCAAUUAAGAAUCAAUAUAUUGUUGUAGUUAUGGAAAAUCCUAAUCAAAUAGUAGCAAUUAUUGAUCAACAAGAUAAUAUGAUUCUAGAUAUUUUAUUUAAAAAUGCUCAUGAUGCUCAUUCAAAACAAGAAUAUUCCACGAAAUGA